AUGGACGAAGCGAUGACUUAUUCCAAGUUGAGAGAUGACAUGCAUCGACAGAGCCUUGACGCUGGCUUCGAAAAAGCAUGGACGCCGAGAUUUGCCCGGAGAGGAGCAGCGAACGCGGCCAAUGGAAACGCCUCUGAUUCUGUUCGCGACCAGAUGAUGCGCCACGAUCCCAAAUUCGCCACCUUUCACGGCGCUUAUCUCAACGAGAACGUCAAUUUCGACCUGCAGAAUACUUUCCUCGAAGAAAAGACUGAACAGCAGUUGUACAAAGUGUUCGCCCAUGUGAGCCUAACACGGGAUCCUCGCGCAACGAAAGACAUGGUGCCUCAGGAAGUUUGGGACCAUCUACCAGACGAUCCUCAAAUUUUGGAAUUGGAGCAGCAACGACAAGCGUUGAAGGGUGGCCAGCAUCGCGUGCAAGGCAUGCCACAAGAGCCGAAGAUUCGACAGCUGACGGAAAUGAUCCGCACCAAGCAGGAUCAGCGUCAAAAAAAGGUUGCCGAGGCGUAUCGCCGUUACUAUUUCUACAACCGUCCUACUUGGGACAUCGAGAGGCAGGCACGUGGCGAUGAAGACGAGGAGUACACUGAACCGGCCAUCGACUUGUCAAUCCCUGAGCGUGCUAGACUGGCCCAGAUUCUUUGCCAUCAACCAAGCAAUUGUACGUACGACGACUUCACCGAGCUUUGGAUAGAAGCUAUCGACCUGAUGGUUGGACUGUUCGGCAAAAGGGAGACGCGCAGACAAAAUCGCCUUCGCAGAGGUCGCCAAUCUCAACUUCAUACUGGUCAGCAACCUGGCGCCAAUAUCAUUCCCACCAUUCUGGACCGGAAUCAGUGUCCCGAUUGUGUCGGCGAUGAAAGACUUACGAUACAGGAGCGAACCUUCAAGUACUGCCGGCCGACAGUGCGUAAUGACCACUUCGACGACCAGCAUCUCAAAGAACGUGAGCGCACUGUCCAGCUUGGAGGAGUCAUACGGUGCAACCACCCUCAAUGUCGAGAUAAGCCAGAAUACCAAAAGAUGGAUUCGUUGGAUAUGUUCAGAAACCAUGUCAAGGCUAAACACAAUAUCUCGCUAAGAACAACGGAACAGACUACGCAGAGACGGGCGAAGAAGGUCCAGCAGAGGAGGAUGGUCAAGCAAAGAUCUGUAUGA